AUGAGCCCAACGAAUCAUCAAGCGAAGACCAGCAAUAUGUACCCUCCACCACCCUUGAAAGUCAACAAGGACUCUCACAUGAUCAAGAAAUCUUCGCCGCCGUCGUCUUCGUCGUCGUCAUCUUCAUCCUCAGCAUCUUCUUCGCUCGGCAUUGUAGGUCCUGUCAAACCCCCACAACGCCAUCCAGUGAUCAUUUAUACUCACUCGCCCAAAAUCAUCCACACAAAUCCUAAAGAUUUUAUGUCACUGGUGCAGAAACUAACGGGUUUGUCGCGAUCCGAGGAGGAUCCCGCCCCUCAAGUAAAGCGAGAAAAUGGUGGUCGUAGGGAGGAAAAUAAGAGGAAGGUGAAGAUCAAUGAUGGUAAUGAAGGAGGCUUAGGGGAUGGACAAGUUCAAUAUUCUUGUUUUAUGCAACCUCUUUUCCAGCCACCAAAUCUUAAUUACAUUCCAGUUUUUGCACCCAAUUCAGCUGGAUUUCUAUGCGCAAACCAGCCAUUUUAUAACUACACCGAUCCUUUGUAUUUCCCUUCUCCAAAUAGGAGGAAUUCCAUCGCCACAAAGUCCACCUUGGAGGUGAAGAAUGAGUUCUGCGGGUAUUAA